AUGCAUCACCCUAAGAUCCUUCUGGCUCUCUGCCUCUCCAUUUCCAUGGUUCCUGCUCUACCUACGGUUGGAACGAAUAAGAAAUUGGACGGUGACCUCUACAACUACAAGCGCGACAACGCCAAGCUCGACGGUGACCUCUACAACUACAAGCGCGACAACGCCAAGCUCGACGGCGACCUCUACAACUACAAACGCGAUGACGCCAAGCUUGAUGGCGAUCUCUACAACUACAAGCGCGACGAUGCCAAGCUCGACGGCGAUCUUUACAACUACAAGAAGCGUGAAAACGCCAAGCUCGACGGCGAUCUCUACAACUACAAGCGCGACGAUGCCAAGCUCGACGGCGAUCUUUACAACUACAAGAAGCGUGAAAACGCCAAGCUUGACGGUGAUCUCUACAACUAUUAA